UAGUAGCCCAUUUUUUAUAAUUAGUAAUGCAGCUAUAAUAAGUUGCAUCUGGUAGUCUUAUUAAUGAAAUAUUUUACACAUACAUGCAGUACGAUUAGUGUUUUCGGCGCUUAAUAUGCUUUUUGAAUGUGGAACUCUUUAAGAUGUCGCUACGUGUAGUUUAUCGCGAUUAGCAAUAAAAGAAAUGUAUCUUUUUGUUUUGCAUAAAUAGAUGCUAAGUAUAUAGUAAAUAUGGCGUCAUAGUUUAUAAACCUGUUUUAUGGAUUAGUUUCAAGAGAUGAUAUUUCGAACAUAACCUCGACGGCUUUUUAUAAACUUUUUAUAAGUUAAAAUACUGAGUGUAAAAUACGUUAAAUUUAUAUAAGCAUCUUAUUAAAUUCUUCAAGAUUUUAUCAAAUGCUUUGAGAUUAAAGUACAUGUGUAUGUGGUAAUUCAAUGGAUUUUUCAAAAUCUUACGGUUCUUUAUAAUAUAUAUAUAUAUAUAUAUGAAUAUUGUAUCCAUAUGCACUGACAAUAAUCUGAGAAAAUAUUAAAGAAUUCAUCAUUAUGGCAUCACCAGCCCCUAAAUCUCCUGAACAGUCGGAACGAAAUAGAAAAUAUGAUCGACAAUUGAGAUUAUGGGGAGAUCAUGGUCAAGCUUGUUUAGAAGCAGCACAUAUUUGUCUUAUAAAUGCUACUGGAUUGGGUACAGAAAUUUUAAAAUCAUUGGUUCUUCCUGGUAUUGGUGCAUUUACUAUUGUUGAUGGAAAAAAGAUAACAAAUGAAGAUAUUGGAGCAAACUUUUUUCUAGAAGCAGAUAGUGUUGGAAAAUCUAGGGCUCAAGUUGCGACCCAGAUGUUAUUAGAAUUAAAUCCUGAUGUCAGAGGUGAUUAUAUUGAUGAAGAACCACAACAGAUUUUAUAUAAUAGUCCAGAUUUUUUAAAUAACUUUACAGUAGUAGUUGCUACUUCAUUAACAGAAAAAUGCUUAGUCCUUUUGUCAAGACGACUUUGGGAAUUAAAUAUUCCUUUAAUAGUAUGUAGGAGUAUAGGUUUCAUUGCUUAUAUGCGAAUUCAAGUGAAAGAACAUACUAUAGUAGAGACACAUCCAGAUAAUGAAACACCAGAUUUACGUUUAGAUAAACCUUUUGGAACCUUAAAAAAGCAUUUAGACUCUAUUGAUCUUGACACAUUGAGCUUUAAAGAUCAUUCUCAUAUACCAUAUGUAGUUAUUUUAUAUAAAUAUUUAUCAAAAUGGAUUUUGAAUCAUGGAAGUUUGCCAAAGACUUAUAAAGAUAAGCAACUAUUGAGAGAAAUAAUAAGAAAAGGAAUGAGGAAAGAUGAACAAGAUACAGUAAAUACUGAAGAAAAUUUUGAAGAAGCAAUUAAAGCUGUAAAUACAUGUGUAGGUUGUACUGAAGUUCCUGAUAGAAUUAAAAAUAUUUUAAAUGAUGAAUGCUGUAUUAAUUUAACAGCAAAGAGCAGUCCAUUUUGGAUCAUUGCUAAAGCAGUAAGAGAUUUUAUUGACAAUGAAGGUUGUGGUUCGUUACCACUAAAAGGAACUCUGCCAGAUAUGACAGCUGAUACAGAGAAAUAUAUAACUCUACAGCAAAUUUACUAUAAGCAAGCAUCAGCAGAUGCAGAAGCAGUGUGGAGACGCACGCUGCAGCUACUACGACAGUUGGGUAAAUCUUCAGAUUCAAUAUCUGAGAAAGAUGUAAAAUUAUUUUGUAAAUAUGCUGUAGAUAUUUAUGUAGAAAGAGGGACUUGUAUAGCUGAUGAAUAUGAUCCUAAAAUUAUUGAUACCAAUAAUAUAGUGCAAAGUUUGGAGAAUCCUGAAAGUUUAAUGGUGUAUUAUGUUGUACUUAGAGGAGUUGAGAAAUUUCAAGCAGAAUAUAAUUCAUAUCCAGGGGAAUUCGAUGAUCAAGUUGAGCCUGACAUUGUUAAAUUAAAGGCUUGUAUUACAAAAUUGUUGAGUGAAUGGGGAUGUGGACCAUUGGCAAAGGAUGAUUAUGUUCACGAAUUUUGUCGAUUUGGUGGCGCUGAAUUGCAUUCAGUAUCUGCAUUUUUAGGUGGAUUGGCUGCUCAAGAAACUAUCAAAUUUAUUACGAAACAGUAUAAACCUCUUCAUAACACUUUUAUUUAUGACGCUGUGACAUCAAACUCUAGUACAUUUUUUUUCUAGAAACAAUUAUUUUAAACACAUACACACACACACACACACACAUCUGUAUUAACUGAAGAAUACAGUUUUGUAGUUUAAGUGUUAUAUUUAUGCUUUAAUUAUUAUCACCAAUUAUGCAGACAAUUUUUAUCAAAAUUUUACACUUUUUUUCAAGAACUUGCUAAAAUGCAUUACAUUAAUUAUUUUUUGUGUAGAACUUACAUGUAAAAUAUAUAGUACAUACAAAUGUAUAAUUUUAUAGAAUCUCCUAUAGUACAUGAGAUAAAUCUAUUAAAAUACAAA